AUGACGACACGACCAGAUGCACCAGAAAUGGCUCCUCAGAUCCUGGUGGACGAGCUGCUUGGGUUCUCUCCGCAUCUACUUCUUGAUGAUAUGAUCGACGUGGCAAAUACGGCCGUUGGACAGGCUGUAGAAGCCAUGGAGAAGCAGCUCGAGCGCUGGGCUGCCGCUUACAACACCACAGCCAACACACCGAACUCGUCUGGAAAGAAGAAAGAACCUUUGACGCCGGAAGAGCAAGAGCAGGAGAUCGAACAAGGCAUGGUUGCGUUUCAGACACUUAUCGAGUUCCAUACCGACGUUGCGUUCGAUUACCUCGAGACUUGGAGUCUACGCAACAUCUUCACUUUCAACGCCGAGCUGGUGCCGAAGAUUGUCGUGCCACAUCAAGCUGGGCUGAAUUUGGAUAUGCGACCUCAAGAGGAGUCGGAGAUACUGGCGGAACUGGAGGAGUUGCGCGUGCAGAUAGACAAUCAAAGGAAAUUGAAACGCGCGGCGAAGCGUGCCGCCCGUAUUACCUCUCUGCAAGCUUCCCUGCAUGAACGGAGACUUGCUCGAAUAACCGCUCUUCGACUACCCAAUGCACAAACGUUACAAGCACUUCCAGAUGCGCUCGCGGAUCUUCGUGCCGCAGCUGAGGCAUUACCUCCUGUCUCUCUCUCACGCGAAGGUCCGACGCCGGGCAAGCGCCUAUGGGAAGAUGGACGUGAUGGAUUCGUGCGAUGGACUGCGGAGCGGCUGGUGAAGAAGAUCGAAGGAGAGGAAGGCCUCAUUCCUGGAUUGGACGCCGAUAGGAGAGAUGUGUCGCGUGCACUCAAGGCGUUGUAA